AUGCGCCUGCUGCUCAUCCGCCACGGCGAGACGGUCGACAACGUCGCCGGCAACUUUGCCGGCGUCACCGACUCGGCCCUCACCGCGCACGGCGUGCUCCAAGCCGAGCGUCUCGGCGCCCAUCUCGCCGCGCGCUUCCCCACGUCCAUCCGGGCCAUCUUCACGUCGGACCUGCAGCGCGCGCACCGCACAGGCGAAGCCGUGCGCUCCGCCGUCGGCCGCGCCGCCUCUGGUGGCAUCGUCGCCCCGGCCGCAGCCGCCGCUGCCGCCCGCAUCCCGCUGCAGACGACGCCGCUGCUGCGCGAGCGCGACUUUGGCCCGCUCGAGGGCGCCGCGUUCCGCGCGUGCAAGCUCAACGUCGAGGACGUGGCCGAGACGGUGGCCUCGAUGCAGGCCCGCGCGCGGCGCUUCCUCGUCGACGUGCUGCUGCCGCACAUGCGGCACGGCGACGGCACCGGGCCCGACGACGUGUACGUCGUCGUCGCGCACGGGCUGCUGCUGCCCAAGAUCUACGCCUGCCUGAUGGACAGGGUGCCGCGCGGCAAGUUCACCCUCGACGCCGCGCUGAUGCGGGACCCCGGCGCGCCGCCGCUGCAGCCCUGGUGGUCCAACACGGCGUACCUCGAGCUCAUACUGCGCCAGCUCGCGCCCGACGGCAGGCCCGGCGGCGGGCCGCUGCGCAUGCACGUCCUCCAGGUCAACUGCAAGGUGCAUCUGCAGGACCUGAGGCGGACGCGUGGCGGCAUUGGAAGCGCUCCGCACGACGAUAAGCAACGCAGAAUUGAAUCUUACUUUGGUGGCAAGAAGCUGUAA